AAUCUUCUGGCAACUCUACAACAACUUACAGUGUUGCUUUUAUACGUGUGGCGCCCUCUAUCGGAAAUACGGUACGACGCAAAGUGUAACAUAUCGACAACAACCCUAGUUUCUUUCUUUUCGAUAGAUCCGCAUAGAAGUGACAAGCACAUCAAUAUGCAGUUGUUCGUACGUGGUUUGGAAACAAUUGAGGCCUUGGAGGUGUCCCAGGAUGCCACCAUUGCUGGCGUCAAGGCCCAGCUGGCUCAGCUGCAUGGCUUCGAUACCGAGGAGUUCAGCCUGAACUGCGAGGGUGCUGCUCUGACCAACGAGACUCCCGUGACCGCCUUGAGCUCAUUCGAGUUGGAUCUGACCAUUCCCAUGAUUGGUGGUAAGGUGCACGGUUCUUUGGCGCGUGCCGGUAAGGUCAAGGGCCAGACCCCAAAGGUUGAGAAGCAGGAGAAGAAGAAGAAGAAGACCGGCCGUGCUAAGCGCAGGAUCCAGUACAACCGUCGCUUCGUCAACAUUGUGCACGGCUUUGGCCGUCGUCGUGGCCCCAACGCCAACUCGACGUAAAGAGGAGAUAACUUAGAUGAACAACAGAAUAAGCUGGAGCUGAUUUUUAUUGCAAAAUAAUGUUCAUAUAGUAAAAACCCAAAUUAAAACCACAACUUAUUUUACACACUUCAAGUUGUAAUAUCGGA